AUGAAGAUGAGACGCCAUAAGCUCUUUCUGACUCUCUGCAUGGCUGGUCUCUGCCUCAUCUCCUUCUUGCACUUCCUCAAGGCCCUUUCCUAUGUCACCUUUCCCCGGGAGCUGGCUUCGCUUAGUCCCAACCUCGUCUCCAGCUUCUUCUGGAACAAUGCCCCCGUCACACCUCAGGUCAGCCCUGAGCCAGGGGGUGCAGAGUUCCUCCGCACACCCCUCUACUCCCACUCCCCCUUGCUCCAGCCCCUGCCCCCCAGCAGAGCCAGCGAAGAGCUGCACAAAGUGGAGUUUGUGCUGCCAGAAGACACAACAGAGUAUUUUGUCCGUACCAAAGCCGGCGGCGUUUGCUUUAAACCGGGCACCAAGGUGUUGGAGAAGCCACCCAUGGGAGGGCGGCCGGAGGAGCGAGCGGAUGGUGCAGCCUCGGGGCGGCCAGCUCGCAAGCCGCUGAGCGCCAGCAGGACCAAGCGGCGCAAGUGGGUGGAGUGCGUGUGCUUGCCGGGCUGGCACGGCCCCAGCUGCGGGGUCCCCACUGUGGUCCAGUACUCCAACCUGCCCACUAAGGACCGCCUUGUGCCGCGGGAGAUCCCCCGGCGGGUCAUCAACGCCAUCAAUGUCAACCAUGAGUUUGACCUGCUGGACGUCCGCUUCCACGAGCUGGGAGAUGUGGUGGACGCCUUCGUGGUGUGUGAGUCGAACUUCACGGCCUACGGAGAGCCGCGGUCCCUCAAGUUCCGCGAGAUGCUCCUCAACGGCUCCUUCGACUACAUCCGCCACAAGGUGCUCUACGUCUUCCUGGACCACUUUCCCCCUGGUGGCCGCCAGGAUGGCUGGAUUGCUGACGAUUACCUGCGCACCUUUCUCACCCGGGAUGGCAUCUCCCGCCUCCGCAACCUGCGCCCGGAUGAUGUCUUCAUCAUCGAUGACGCUGAUGAGAUCCCCGCCCGUGACGGUGUGCUCUUCCUCAAGCUCUAUGACGGCUGGACGGAGCCCUUCGCCUUUCACAUGCGCAAGUCACUAUAUGGCUUCUUCUGGAAGCAACCGGGCACCUUGGAGGUGGUCUCAGGCUGCACCAUGGGGAUGCUCCAGGCUGUCUAUGCUACCGACGGGAUCCGUCUGCGGCGCCGUGAGUACUACACCAUGCCUGGCUUUCGGCAGUAUGAGAACAGCACUGGCCACAUCCUGGUGCAGUGGUCGCUGGGCAGCCCCCUCCACUUUGCUGGCUGGCACUGCUCCUGGUGUUUCACCCCAGAGGGGAUCUACUUCAAACUGGUGUCGGCCCAGAAUGGGGACUUCCCCCGCUGGGGUGACUACGAGGAUAAACGAGACCUCAAUUAUAUCCGAGAGCUGAUCCGGACUGGUGGCUGGUUCGAUGGUACUACGCAGGAGUAUCCCCCCGCUGACCCCAAGGAGCAGAUGUACGCUCCCAAGUACCUGCUCAAGAACUACCAGCGGUUCCGCUACCUGUUGGAGAACCCCUACCGAAAAGCAGAGGGUGCAGCAUGAGGCCACUGGGGUUUGUGUCGGAAAUCAGAACUUCAUGAUAAAGAGAAAGAGUCGAGUGUUUUCGUCUGUUCCUUCCUUUUUUGUUUUCUUUGGUUCUAGGUGGGGUGUGCCAUUUCUCUGGGGUCUCUGCCCUCCCUCCCUCCCUCCCUCCCUUCUCCUCUUCAUCCCAGGCUGACCCUGGGGACAUGAAUUCCUCAGUUAUGUGAAGGGCAGGAGGAGGAGAGAUGUUGGGGACCUACUCUGGCAGUAGCAUAAAGACUUUCCUGCAUCUCCCGGACCUUUCUUGCUGGCUGGAGGGCAUCUCUGCAGCCAGCUGGUGGG